UGUUUGACCAUCGUACCCUCCGUGCCCCACCUCCCAUUAUUGAUAAUCACCAGUGGCAUUUUCGUCUUGAACGGGGGAAAAUUCAUAAACAAAAGGGAAAUUAAUUUCCCUCUCUGUCUCCUUUUUUUUUUUUUAUUGGUUUCUUCUGAGAAUUCAAAUUUCAGAUCGUUACAAACUGAGACGACGGGAGGGAAGAAAGAAACAGAAGAAGAGAGAAGGAAGGAAGGAAGGAAGGAAGGAAGGAAGGAGAAAGAAGACGAUCUAUCCAUUUUAAUGACGUUUUGGAAUGUAAUGAACCAAUAAAUGAAUUGAUCGAAUUCUUUUAUUUUUUGUAUGUGGACUAGGGAUUAUUAUUCAUUUAUUUGCUUGCCUGUUUUGGAUUCUGUUGUUACUGUGUAAGAGCGAGCGGGCACUGCUGCUGUCCCGCUGAGCCCGACUCUCCCUUUUUCUCAAUCGAAGCGAUUCAUUAGGGUUUUCAGCUCGCCGGAGAAGAGUAGAAAAGUGAUUUGGCGGCGUCUGAAUGGUGUGUGGCCGUUUGAGGGGUUUAGAGUGAAUACAGUGCAGUGAGUGAGUCGAGCGAUUUGAGGGGGAGAAUGGAAAGCGGAAUGGAGGAGGAAAUGGAGGUGGAGUUGUUUUACUACGAGGCUCGGGAAGUGGAUCCUGACUACGAGUUCGAUGCGCCGAUGUUCUUCGAUUUCAGCCGGGAGGAGACCUUCGCGGAGGCGCUGCUGGCCGAGCGGUGGUUCGGCGCGGCGUCUAGUUACCCUCCGUCUCCAUUUGUGGCAAAGUUGGUGCUGAGAGAGGAAAUCAUGUUGCAGAACAUUAAUACAUCUCCAAAACCUAAAGGUGCUGAAUAUAUGACCACCUCGCUCAAUGAUGAAGACGGUGGUGCUCUGGGCCCGGAAAGUGCAGCGGUGGGGGAUGACCAUAAAGAGACAUGGAAUAUGACUGGUGUUCCUUUGCCUGGAAAUACAGGGUGGGGAUCGAUAUGAACCAUUCUAGUUUGGUGCUCUAACAUGCCUAGAUAUGAGACCUGAGUUUUCUAGUUGAUACAGAAAUCAAGCUUCAGAUGUUUAUGUGCUUAAUCUGGGAUCUUGGCUUGAAUCAUUUGCUUAGUGUCAGUGUGAUCAAAUAUAAACUUCCAUUCCCAGCACUGAUCAUUUGAAAAAAUUCCCAAUCCAGGGCCAGAACUAGCAACAAUCAGUGUCCUAUCGUAACUGUGCAUUUAUGUUCGAUGCUUCAAAUGACCAUCACUUUUUCAUGGAUCCUGUGAUCAUAGUGUAUUGUUUUUGUUCCCCUUUUAGGAAGAACUCGGAAAGAUUGGUUAAUACUUCUGUGGCCUAUUCCGGCCCAACAGGAUUCAUAUUUUACAAUCAUAUAUUGAGUGAUAAAUUCAAAGCCAAGGAGAAUCCGUUGAAGCCUAAAUCUCGAGGUUGCUCAACUUUGAUGAGACCAACAGCCAGUCUAUUGGCUAAGCAAAUACGAGCACCACAUGUUGGCGGUUCAAGGUUUCAAAUGGCUCUAGAUCAGAAAGGAAAAAGCAUACCUAACUCUUCCAUGGUCGAAAAUCAGGCUGCCAAACGGCAGAAGUUAGAGGGAGGUCAUCUGCGUAAGGUUGGUGAUGCAAAUCCCCAGACUGAUUUCCUCCAUAAAGCACCUGCUAAGCUGAGGAUAACCAUUCCAAGAGAGCCGGACUUUGAGACAGCACAUAGAGCACACAGAACAAGGCCUAUGAUUACAUCAGAAUUUGAACAUACAACAGUUGCUGUUCGAAGAUUCAAAGCACGCCCGUUGAACCGCAAAAUUCUUGAGGCCCCGUCGUUACCUAUCCCAAAGAAAAGCACUCCAAGGUUGCCUGAGUUUCACGAAUUUCACUUGAAAACAUCAGAAAGGGCCAAGCAGCAUACUUCUGCAGUUUCAUCUUCCUCACUUCAGUGCUCCGGUUCUAAUCAGGGCAUGGACAAGCAGGCUACAUUCUCUGUUGCAGAAAUGGGAAGGAGAGAAUCCCGAAGACCCAGUACCCUCAAUGCUGCAAAGCAGGAUGGACAAACUGCAGCACACAUAUUCAAAGCUCGCCCACUCAAUAAAAAGAUUCUUUCAAGCAAAGGAGACAUAGGUGUUUUUCGAAACAGCAAGCGGCAAACCACAGUGCCCAUGGAGUUUAAUCUCCAUACAGACAAGAGGCCUCAUCAUAAUCCUCCGACAGACCUAUUUAGCAAGUUGGCUGGUUGGAAAUUGCAGCUGUCAUUAAAAUCUGAAACCCAGCCAUGGGUGGAACCUCCGUCCCAGUUUACUCGAUCAAACCCUUCAGCUCAAGAGGGCUCAAAAGAGAAUCAGUUGAAUCAUCAGUCAGACCACAAGAUGCAGCACGUACCGAAAGGAAGGCCAUCUGGUGGCUUUGGUGGAAAGCAGAUUCGCCCAGGAAGCAAUGGAUGCAACAGUGAUGUCGGGAACCAGUACGGCGUGAGGUAUGCAGCUGAGAAAAAGGAACUUGGGCAUCCGGUGAGAAGAGUAGCUGAGGCCUGACAAAAAGAAUCCCUUGGAAACAAAAACUGCACAACUGCCUUCGAGUCAGUUGAAGGAAUCGAUUUCUUCCAGAAGAAGAAAGCUGCUAUUCUCACACCAGCAAUGUACAUCUAACUUUACAACAGCGAUUAGGUCUUUCUCUCGACCCUACCCUUUUAGUGGAAAGAAGAAUCUCUAGUUAAAAGGCCGGUGUUGUACAGCCAUUAGAGGCCUUUCUUACCCUUUAGCAGUAUACCAUAUUUUGGCCGGUGUUGCAGCAACCCAGAAAACCUCCCCUCCUUUGUAGCUCUCUUUUCUAAAUGUAAUCAGUAAUAAGAUUAUUGAUAUUUUGUUUCCAAUGUAGCUUCACCAGCUUUAGUAAUAGAAAGGAAGGAUAUGUAUCAUUAUAUCUCCACUGCUUCUUACCACAAAAGGAACAAAAAAGUGUUACAAUUGCUAAUUUGCUAUGUGGUACUAUAUCUAUACUAUAGCUGCUGCUGAAGCCUUACAUUAUUUGUGAGUGGAUGAUUCCUUCUCAUCCCCAGAAUCCUUGUUGCCAGAGUUAUGCUUGUUCAACGCCUGUUUCGUCCACCUUCUGAAGCUGCUCUUCAGUGGCUUCUUGUCCCUCACGAGUCUCUUCUUCGUUAUGGCGAUGGCAAGAUCGUUCGGAAACAGAGUCCUCCACACAAAGCCAUGGAGCAAUGUGGAGACGAAAAGCAUCAGCACCAUCGUCGUUGACAUGAAGGACAAGAUCAACACGAGGACCUUGCUUGGGAUACAAGGUACGUGUUCUGCAUACUUAAUUGUCGCCACUGAUGCCGUUGUCAUCGGAAAUGUGUAAGACCACCACGCUACUGAGAACCUAAACCCGGUGAAGAACUUGACUCGAACGACAAGAGACACAUAGAGAAACAGAGCAAUGAAGUAGCAAGUCCUCGACAACCCAUCAAACUCCCCAUAUAUAGUCUCCCAAGCAAUGCUGGCUGCCGAUGGCGCCGCGAUGAACAUAGAGUAAACAGGAUGAAGCUCUUUAGGCAAUGCCUCACUCGUCGGCAGCCUCUGAUACAGAGUCACAAACACCACGAGGUAAUGCGCGAACCCUACCGCCCACAAGAACUUAGCGGCUUCCAGCCACCCCACUCUGGCCGCCAGAAUCGCCCCCACGAAGUUCCCCACCACUGACAGAUGAGAAGACGGGUUCGCCACCUUGCACAGCCGCCUCUUCCCGCCGGACAGCCACUGUCCGUAGAUCUUCAGCUCCAGGAAGAAGUAAGGCCCCAUGAAGACGCACCAUAUGGCCGGGUGGAGCUUCUCCGGCGAGAGCAUCGGUGGUGCUCCGAUGGCUAGGAACAUGCAGACGACCCAGGGUGCGAAGAAGAAGUUCACCCUGACCGGGUGGAAGUACUCACGACGAACGGCUUCGAAGUAGAAGAUGCAUUUGAGGAUGUAGGUGAUGGAGACAGAGAACAGGACUGCUAUGGCCAAGAGCCAGAGGAUGAGAUUGAUGAAUGGCGUGACAUGGAGGAAUUGGGUGGCAGGGGAAGUGGCUAGCGCUCGCCAGAGGACUGCUUGGCUGCUCAGGCCGAGACAGAUACCGAAGCAACCGAUUGGGAAGCGCAGGAGGAAUGGCCAUAGCUCGUCCUUUGGCAGCAGAAUGUCUUCAUAGUCCUUGACUUGGUCGAGCUCGGGUCCGGUAAGAGCAGCAAAGUACCUCCCAGCAGGAACACCAUUAUGAACAGAGUCGUGAUCACCACCGCCAUUAACAUGAUUCGAAUUCUGAUCAUUGUUAUUCCUCUGCCCCAACCAAUGCUCCAUCGGGUCCGACCGAUUGUCACCUUUCUUAAUCGGCAGCAACGAAUUCUGCUUGCUGAGGCUCGAUUUCGUCCUGAACAUGCUGAAGUCCCCUUUCUUUUCCCCUGCAUCAAUACCACCAACAUUGAGCCGUUUAGCCGAAUCGAACCCACCAAAGCUCCGCCCGCUCCUGGGUAGGACCUUAAUCCCUUCAUCUUUAUUGGCUUUCGACGAUGAAGCAGCUUCCUUGCCCAUGAGAGCUGAAAACCCCGUCUCCAAGGAAACCUGCCUGCUGAAGCUAACACCACUUCUUUGACCUCCAAACCCGCGGAUUCUGAAUUGCCUGACCGAUGGAGGCCGGUUUGGUUUUUGGUUGCGUUCCGUUGUUCUUCUUUCUUCUUCUCCACCUCCUUCUUCAUCUCCUUCGUGGAGUACUUCAUGGAUGUCCACGAAAUGGCUGUCCCCUGGCUUCGGAGAAGCUGGCUUCAUUGUUUGUUUUUUCUCCAUUGUUGUUUCCCAAAGGCAGAGACUUUAGGGGUGUGGGUUUAUAGACGCGUUUGAAAAGAGCAUGAUCACGAGCAGCUUUGUUUGGAGGGCAUUGGAAGCUGUGGUGUGUGUGAACCAGAGUUUGAGGCCCAAAUGGUGUUGUCAAAGCCAAAGUGUAAUGGCGAAAUGGAGGGAGGAGGGGUUCUUCUCGUGAUUCAGAAAUCGACCUUGUGGCUCUUCUUUUUUCUGCUACACGCAGGGGAGAGUUUUGGGUAGAUGGAGGAUUUCACGGGUUGAAGAGAGACAGCCAAAGGUUUUGUGAGUUGCUUUUUUCCCCUGCAAAGCUUUGGUUUCCGAUGGAAGAUUUUUGGCGAAGGAAUAGAUAGUUAGUUGGAUUGAUGUAUUCCUUCGCCAAUAGGAUUCAGAAAUUUUCG